AUGCCAGAACCUGUUGGAAUUGCAAACUUACCAAAUCAAAGGUAUGUGAUAUAUAAUUAUAUUAUUGGGUUUUACUAACUGUUUCAGGUAUAAAAUUGUCUCCAAAGAAGGAGCUACUUUUACAAUUAUGGUUGCAGGUGAAAGUGGUUUAGGUAAAACAACAUUUAUUAAUACUUUAUUUCAAACUUCUUUAAAACCACAUCAAGAUCCUACAUCAAGACAUAAUAAAUUUACUUCACCUCAUCAAACUGUUGAAAUUGAUAUUGUUAGAGCUUUACUUGAAGAAAAAAAUUUUAAGAUUCGUUUAAAUAUAAUUGAUACCCCUGGUUUUGGAAAUAAUGUAAAUAAUCAUGAUUCAUGGGUUCCAAUUAUUGAUUUUAUUGAUGAUCAACAUGAAAGUUUUAUGAAACAAGAACAACAACCAACAAGAUUAAAUAAAAAAGAUUUAAGAGUUCAUGCUUGUUUAUAUUUUAUUAGACCAACUGGUCAUUCUUUAAAACCUUUAGAUAUUGAAAUAAUGAAAAGAUUAAGUACAAGAGUAAAUUUAAUUCCAAUUAUAGCAAAAGCGGAUACUUUAUCACCACGAGAAUUGGAUAUUUUUAAAACAAGAAUAAGAGAAAUUAUUGAGGCUCAAGAUAUUAGUAUAUAUACUCCACCAUUGGAAUUAGAUGAUCAAGCGAGUGCUGAACAUGCAAAACAAUUGAUUGAAUCAAUGCCAUUUGCAAUUAUUGGAUCUGAAGAAGAAGUUGAAAUUGGUCCUGGUCAAUUUGUUAGAGGUAGAAAGUACCCUUGGGGUAUAGUUGAAGUUGAAAAUGAUCAACAUUGUGAUUUUAAAAAAUUAAGAAGUUUAUUAUUAAGAACUAAUAUGUUGGAUUUAAUUUUAUCAACAAAUGAAUUACAUUUUGAAACUUUUAGAUCAAUUAAAUUAGGUGGUGAUGAAAAUGAAGAACAACAAGAAAAUAAUGAAGAAGUUACAAAUGAAAGAGGUGAAAUUAUUAAAAAAUCCUCAAAUAAAAAACCAAGAAGAUUUCAUAAUCCUAAGUUUAAAGAAGAAGAAGAUGCUUUAAAGAAAUUUUUCACUGAACAAGUUAAAGCUGAAGAACAAAGAUUUAGACAAUGGGAAACAAAUAUUAUUAAUGAAAGAAAUAGAUUAAAUCAAGAUUUAGAAGAAAUGCAAUCAAAAUUGAAGGUUUUAGAAGAACAAGUUAAAAAGCUACAAAUUGCAAAGCGUUAGGUAAGGUUGUAAAACAUUGUAAGGAUGCCUUAUAUUGCUAUAAGUUAGUUAGAUUUUAAAUAGUUUGGUGAUUGAAUUAUAUAUAAAUUUAUAUAAGCGUAUGGUUCUAUUCACGUGACACAUUUCACGUGCAACGGUUAUUGAAGGAGAAUUUUUUCAUUUAUUUAUCAUUAAACGUAUGGAAAAAUCUCAAAAGUAUAAACGGAAUUACAGGGCUUGUUUGAACUGUAGAGUUCGAAAAGUUAAAUGUGAUUUAGGUCCAGUUGAUAAUCCACACGAUGGUAAAUGUGCAAGAUGUUUAAGAGAAAGAAAAGAUUGUGUAUUUGUUGAAAGUAAGCGUGGUGGUGCUGCAAAUGUUAUAAAUGGUAAAAGAAAGAAACGAAAAUUAGAUUUGAAUUCAAUACUGCAAAGUAAUUCACCUGAAUCACAAUCUCACUCUCCUUAUUCAAAUUUUGAAAAACCAAAUCUACCAAAAUUACCACAACAAAAUUAUCAAAAAUUACCAGGGGUCAACAGCUUAUUAAAUGAAGAAAAUAAAUUAUCACCACCAAUACCGACAACUCAAAAUUCAAGUCCCAAUCAAUUUAAUACUAUGGAAGGUGCUUUAGUAUUUUUAGCUAGUGCUGCUGGUACAAUUGCAAAAGCUGAUGAAAGAGAUAAUAUUGAUGCACAAGCAAAAUAUAAUCAAAUUGAACUGCAAAUACAUGAAAAAAUUGACACUCCAAAGAUUCAACAUGAAAGUUACAUACCUGAAUAUAUUAAACCAACUGGGAAAAGAAUGAGUGUACCUGCUGCUGAAAAUGGAUUUGCAGUAAGACCAAAAGCACUGAAUAAAUUAUCAAAUAUUGAAUAUAUUGGUCCAAAACCAAAUGGUAUAUUAACUGAAGAAGAAUCUGAAAGAUUGAUUGAUUUGUUUUUUACUACAAUGCAUCCAUUUUUUCCACAUAUUCCACAAUUUUUACAUUCGUCAAAAGUUCUAGCUGGUUAUCCUAUACUUUUGUGUGCUAUAUUAACUAUAUCAUCACGAUAUCAUCCAUUUGAUGAUAAUACAAGUACAAAUAUGAAUGGAAAUGUACCUAGAAAUAUUGAAGUUCAUGAUAGAUUAUGGUUAUAUGUUCAAAGAUUAAUUUCACAAACGGUUUGGGCUGAAGCAAGUACAAGAUCGAUAGGUACAAUAUUUGCAUUUUUAUUAUUUACUGAAUGGAAUCCAAGAGCUAUACAUUGGAGAUGGUCAGAUUAUGCAAAUAAAGCAGAAGAACAAAAUGAAGAAUCAAAUUCAAUGCCUGCAAUUGAUUAUCCAUCAGAUGGUACUAAUUUCACUGGUUUAGGUGCAAUGAGAAGAUCACAUAGAAUGGCAUGGAUGUUAAUUGGUUCUGCAGUUAGAUUAGCUCAAGAUAUGGGAUUUAUGGAAAUUAGUUCAAAAGUAUUUAUAGCUACACAUAUUGCAGAAAUCAAUUCAGUUAUGGAUAUUUCAAGAAGAUCAAUGUUGGCUCAUUCAUUAUCAGAAGUUGAUUUAGAUGAAGAUGAAAUUACUGAAGAAUAUAUGGAAGAAGUUGAAGAAGAAGAUGACGAUGAUUUUAAAAUUAUGAGAAUGACAGAAGAAGAUUUAAAAAAAUUGGCAAAUGAAUAUACUUUGAAAUUUACAAAAGCUCAAAAGGCACAAAUUGAAUUAUUGCAGAUUAUGUCAUUAGGUCAUGAAUCAUUAUAUGGAUAUAAAGCACAAUUGGGUCAAUUAUCUCAACGACAAAAUUUAUCGGUAUUGAAUAUAAUAUCACCAUUGAUUAAUAAUUGGGGUAGGAAAUAUAAACAGUUCCUACAACCGUCAAAACCUAAAAAUAACUGGCAGAGAGCAAAUUCGAAAUCUGAAGUUACUGAAAUUAUAGAAAAAGAAUCAUUUAUAUUUGAGUAUAAUUAUGUCAAACUUUAUAUUUAUUCAUUAGCUUUGAAUCCAAGUCCAAAGAAGAUUGUAGAUAAGAAGUUACAAAAAUCAGUAACAUUGAAAUUAGAUGAAUUGUCAAAAUCGGCAAAAUAUAUUGAACAAGCAUUUAUGUCAGCUAAUGAAAUGUUAUUCUCAGCUCAUAGAAUACAUAAAUCAAAAUUGUUAAGAUUCAUGCCUGUUAGAUGGUUAACUAGAAUGGUUAGAGCCGUUGCUUUUAUUGUUAAAUGUUAUCUUACAAUUACAGCACAUAAGAAAAAUACAACUAAUAAUUUAGAUGAAACAGAUGGUUAUGAUCCUACAAUAUUAUCAUUAUCUAUGAUAUCUAUAGAUGAUAUAUCACAAUCAAUUCAAAGAGCUGCAUUAACUUUAAGAGACUGUUCACCUGAUGAAUUACAUUUAUGUACAAGAUAUUCAAAUGUUUUAAUGUAUUUAUAUUCCGAAAUGAAGGCUAAAAAGAAUAAUAGAGAUCAAGAAGAAGAAUUCGAACUACCUACAGAACCACCAAUGGAAUAUAAUUUUAAACCUGUUGAAGUCAAUAAUACAACUCCAUUAGAUAUGAUUGGUGAUAGUGAAGUUAUGGAAUGGUUUAUGAAUAAUAGAAAUAUUGGAUUGGAUUUUGUUGCUCCUUGGACUGAAAUGAUUGAACAACAAUUAAAUCUAAAUGAUCAGUUUAAUUUUGAUCAAGUAUAG